CUGCCAUUGUUGGCUUCAUUGCUGUGACACAAAUACAGCUGACGAAACAUUUCAAGUUAAUUUUUUGUGAAAUUUCGGUAAUUCACCGAUGUGAGAAAGCAUGUGACCCAAAUAUCGGCCCCCAAAAUGUCGUUUUUACGCGGAUCUCAGAAUUACGUCUGGUCGACAACGAGUGUCUUGGGCAAGGGGGCCACCGGGGCUGUCUACCAAGGCGUAAACAAAAUCAAUGGUGAACCUGUCGCGGUGAAAACUUUCAAUCAAAUGAGCCACUUGCGCCCCCACGACGUGCAAAUGCGCGAAUUCGAAGUGCUCCAGAAAGUGAAACAUGAAAAUAUCGUCAAACUUUUGGCCAUUGAGGAAGAACAGGAAAACCGUGGAAAGGUUAUUGUGAUGGAACUGUGUACGGGGGGAAGUCUUUUCAACAUUUUGGACGACCCGGAGAACACGUACGGACUAGCCGAAAAUGAGUUCCUGAAGGUGCUCCAGGACUUGUCCGCCGGGAUGAAGCACCUCCGGGAUAAUAACCUGGUCCACCGGGAUUUAAAGCCAGGUAACAUAAUGAAAUUUAUCUGUGAUGACGGCCGGACUGUGUACAAGUUGACCGACUUUGGAGCUGCCCGAGAACUCCCCGAGGGCCAACAUUUCCAGUCAUUAUAUGGCACCGAAGAAUACUUACACCCUGAUCUCUACGAACGCGCAGUAUUACGGAAACACGUCAAUAAAACUUUUGGCGCCACAAUUGACUUGUGGUCAAUCGGAGUCACUUUGUAUCAUGUCGCCACCGGAAAUCUUCCAUUCCGUCCAUACGGGGGCCGCAAAAACAAGGAAACGAUGCAUUUAAUAACGACGAAAAAAGCAAGUGGCGUUAUUUCCGGAAUACAGGUCACUGAAGAUGGUCAAAUUGAGUGGCGCAAAACGUUGCCAGAAAGUUGCCAAUUAAGUCCGGGUUUAAAAAAAAUAAUCACGCCGUUAUUGGCCGGUUUAUUAGAAGCUGACACGAAAAAAAUUUGGACGUUUGAGCGCUUUUUCACCGAAGUCACUGACAUGUUAUCGCGAAAAAUCGUUAAUAUUUUUCACGUGAACAAAGCACAGCUCAUCAAGGUUUACAUUCAUCCCGACGAAAGCUACAAUCACCUACAGAAUUACAUAAACGAACAGACUGAAGUAUCGCUUGAAAAUCAAAUCUUGCUCCUUAAAUCAAAUUUAUUCACCGACUUAGUGGAAGAAAAUAGUCGAGCCGGGGGUUACCCUGAAACAAAAGAAGACGAACCUUUAUUCCUGUUUAAUAAAGAAAACAACAACGUGACGGUAAUCCCCGAGCAGAAUUUACCGAAAUUUACCGAAUUUAGUAAUGUGACUUCGGUUGAAAGCGACGCAGCGCAGGCAAAAAACGCCUGUAGUAUCGGCUACCUCUGCAAACGCCGAAUCGAAAAAUAUUCACUCGCUUGCUCCCAUUUCAACAACUGUGUUGAAAAUUUCGUGCAAUACAUAAACAAGGAACUCAGAGAAAUGAACCAAGAAUCGUUACAUCUCCUAGAGAAAACCACGAUUCAUAAAAAGACUGCUCAUUUCCUGGAAUCAUCGCAAAAAAUUGCCGCCUUCAAGUUUAGCAAUAUCCACCAAGUGGUCUACGCCGACGAGUUGAAACACCUCAGCGAGAGUUUUGUCUCGGAAACGGCGAAAAAAAUCAUGCAACUGAACCAGAGCCACGUGAUCGAGAACACGUUGCAAUCGGAGUGGGACGUGUCAAGUCGGCCGUUGAAGAGUCCGGUGAAGUCCCGAGCGGCCGAAAGGGCCCGCACCGAAGUGGAGCGAUUGAGGGACUCGUGGCAGCACCUCGUGCGAGAUCGCGCCACGCGGACGCUUUCGUACAACGACGAGCAGUUCCAUAUUUUGGAACGCAUCAAAAUCACGCACACGAUUAAUCGGAUCAAGGUUUUGCUGCAGAAGGAGGUGUUUCCGCAGUAUGUGCAAUUGGCGGAGAAUUUGGGCGAUUGGUAUAAAAUUGCCCAAACGGUUUAUUUGCAAAUGAUGAUUUUGAAAAGGGACGUUUUGAAUUAUGACGCCAAUUUGAAGAAGUUUGAGUUGGAGAUGUUUAUUAAAAAUGAGGAGUAUUUGGAACAAGUGAAGAAAUUGUUGGAACAGGACGCGACUGAUAGUUCGAGCAAGAAGAUGAAGAAUUCGAAUAACCAAAAGUUGAAAAUGUGUCUGAAUGAGUAUAGGAGGGAAUGUUGUGAUUUGAACGAAGUUGUUUUGGAAAAUGAACAACUCGUUGAACAAGUGAAUAGGAUUCUGGAGGAGUUGAUCGUUGACGAGGAGGGCUGAUUGCAUUCCGUGUUCUUUUUGAGAUUAGUUGCCAGUUCUCACCUGUUUGUGUUUACAAAAUUGUAUUAUGGAUAUUGUUAUACUGAAGAAAUUAAAAUAUUUUUACUUGA